GGGUAAUGGGACGCAGCCGCAGCUCGUCUGGUUCCUGUCUCAGACACAUGACAGGACUCCGUUGUACUACACAGCACCACACACGGCUCUGCUCGUAGAUUAGCGAACUUUAAACAAAGUUGCCCUUCACGGUCAGGCUAUUUUAAUAUACGGAAGUGACAACGGCCCGUUAAGAGGGAGUAAACAAGAUGCCUGCGGUCUCUAAAGGGGAUGGGAUGCGUGGCCUGGCGGUGUUCAUCUCUGACAUCAGGAACUGUAAAAGUAAAGAGGCAGAGAUCAAGAGGAUAAACAAAGAACUGGCCAAUAUCCGCUCAAAAUUUAAAGGAGACAAGGCUCUAGACGGCUAUAGUAAAAAGAAGUAUGUCUGCAAGCUGCUCUUCAUCUUUCUGCUGGGCCAUGACAUCGACUUUGGACACAUGGAGGCUGUCAACCUGCUCAGCUCCAACAAGUACACAGAAAAACAGAUUGGUUACCUGUUCAUCUCGGUGUUGGUGAACUCCAACAGUGACCUGAUCCGUCUCAUCAACAAUGGCAUUAAGAAUGACCUGGCGAGUCGUAAUCCCACCUUCAUGAACCUGGCCCUGCACUGCAUCGCUAACGUGGGCAGCAGAGAGAUGGCUGAGGCUUUUGCGUCUCAGAUUCCCAGCAUCCUGGUUGCAGGGGACACCAUGGACAGUGUGAAGCAGAGUGCAGCUCUGUGUCUGCUGAGACUCAACAGGAUGUGUCCUGACCUGGUUCCCAUGGGGGAAUGGACAGCACGAGUGGUCCACCUUCUUAAUGAUCAACACCUGGGAGUGGUGACAGCAGCCACCAGCCUCAUCACCAAUCUGGCCCAGAAGAGUCCUGACGACUUCAAAACAGCCGUCGCACUGUCUGUGGCCAGGCUCAGUAGGAUUGUGACUUCAGCGGCCAUCGACCUCCAGGACUACACGUACUACUUUGUCGCUGCACCGUGGUUGUCCGUGAAACUGCUGCGCCUGCUGCAGUGCUACCCUCCACCUGAGGAUGCAGCGCUGCGGAGUCGUCUCACAGAGUGUCUAGAGACCAUCCUCAAUAAAGCCCAGGAGCCACCCAAGUCCAAGAAGGUCCAGCACUCCAACGCAAAGAACGCUAUUCUGUUUGAAGCCAUCUCCCUCAUCAUCCUCUAUGACAGUGAACCCACUCUGUUGGUACGAGCCUGCAACCAGCUGGGCCAGUUUCUGCAGCACAGAGAAACAAAUCUCCGUUACUUGGCUUUAGAGAGCAUGUGCACUCUGGCCAGCUCUGAGUUUUCUCAUGAGGCUGUAAAGACGCACAUAGACACUGUGAUUAAUGCUCUAAAGACAGAGCGAGAUGUAAGUGUUCGCCAGCGGGCCGUGGAUCUGCUCUAUGCCAUGUGUGACCGCAGCAACGCCAAGCAGAUUGUGGCCGAGAUGCUGAGCUACCUGGAGACUGCCGACUACUCCAUCAGAGAGGAGAUAGUGCUCAAAGUGGCUAUCCUGGCAGAGAAAUACGCUGUGGACUACACCUGGUACGUGGAUACCAUCCUAAACCUCAUCCGCAUGGCCGGUGACCACGUCAGUGAGGAGGUGUGGUAUCGUGUCAUCCAGAUUGUCAUAAACCGGGAUGAAGUGCAAGGUUACGCUGCCAAGACAGUCUUCGAGGCGCUACAGGCCCCUGCCUGCCAUGAGAACAUGGUUAAGGUGGGGGGGUACAUCCUGGGAGAGUUUGGAAACCUCAUUGCUGGGGACUCACGCUCCAGCCCUCUGGUCCAGUUUAACCUUCUCCACUCCAAGUUCCACCUGUGCUCUGUGCCAACUCGGGCUCUGCUGCUGUCGGCCUACAUCAAGUUCAUCAACUUGUUUCCAGAAAUAAAGACCACGAUCCAAGACGUCCUGCGCUCCGACAGUCAGCUGCGCAACGCUGAUGUGGAGCUCCAACAGAGAGCUGUGGAGUACCUACGACUCAGCAGCAUCGCCAGCACUGAUAUACUGGCCACGGUGUUAGAAGAGAUGCCUCCAUUCCCAGAAAGAGAGUCUUCAAUCCUGGCCAAGCUAAAGAAGAAGAAGGGUCCCGGGGGCCACCUGCCUGACAUCGACGACGCCCGCAGGAAUGUCAACGGCAGCACGGAGAGCAGCGAGAAUGCUGAAGCCUCGAAGAAGUCUUCUCCUUCACUGAUGGCAGACCUUCUCCCUACCAACAGACCCCGCCCUGCCUCUUCUAGUCCCAUCAUGCUCUCUGCUGUGACCAUGGGUUCCGCCCACCCCUUCACAGACCUGCUGAAUGUAAGCUCCCCCCCUCCGGCGACAAACAGCCUGCUCGUCGAUGUGUUUUCCGACAUCUCCAAACCUGCAGCUCUGGAAGUGUGUGAGGAAAACUUUUCCAGGUUUGUUUGUAAGAACAAUGGUGUUAUCUACGAGGACCAGCUGUUGCAGAUUGGCCUCAAGUCUGAGUACAGACAGAACCUGGGUCGCAUAUAUGUGUUCUAUGGCAACAAGACAUCCACCCAGUUCGUCUGCUUCUCCUCCUCUGUGACCAGUCAGGACACCCUCACAACUCAGCUGAAUGUGCACUCUAAGACAGUAGACCCUGUAAUAGAAGGAGGGGCUCAAGUCCAGCAGAUCAUCAACAUCGAGUGUCUGUCAGAUUUCACAGAUGCACCAGUACUCGACAUCUCGUUCAGAUAUGGUGGAACUCUUCAGAACAUCGGAGUGAAACUUCCUGUGAUGCUGAACAAAUUCUUUCAGCCCACUGAGAUGACAUCCCAGGACUUCUUCCAACGCUGGAAACAGCUUGGAGCUCCUCAGCAAGAGGUCCAGAAAAUCUUCAAAGCCCAACACCCCAUGGACACAGAGGUCACCAAGGCCAAGAUCAUAGGUUUUGGUGCAGCUCUGCUGGAGGGUGUGGAUCCCAACCCUACAAACUUUGUUGGAGCUGGAGUCAUUCACACUAAAAGCACUCAGGUGGGCUGCCUGCUCCGACUGGAGCCCAACCCACAGGCAGAGAUGUACCGUCUGACGCUUCGGACCAGCAGGGAGUCGGUGUCUCAGAGACUCUGUGAUCUCCUCUCUGAACAGUUUUAGACUCCACACUCAACAUUUUAUACCCCUUUAGUCACCUAGCCUCACUGUAGAUUGAAAUGAUUUUGUACAGUGUAAAUUGUUUUUUUUAUUUGUCUUACUCUACAUGUAAAAGAGCUCUCCUCGUAUGUUACUGCUUUAAACCUGCCUUGUCCUCUGCAGACAGUGGAGGAGGCACUGAACGCUGCUCCUGUCCUCAACAGCUGUGAGCCGUUUCCUCUGCCUCGGUAUUUAUGCAAACCUUUUGAUGAAACUUUCAGGAGGCUUUAAUGAGAUUGAGUCAGUUGAAAUUCUUGUAAGCUAAGCAAUGAUCUCUACAGGUGAUCGAGUUGUUCUGAUGCUUUUCUAUCAAACUUUUCUUCUUGUAGUGUUUCACUAAAUCUUGCACAGAACUGGGAACUUCAGCUUUCCUGAUCUCUAGUUCAUUUUGCACUUUAGGUAAUAAAAUUUAAUCACAAAAGUAGAUCAUUAGAUUUAGUAAGAACUUUUUGAUUGUCACAUUAAGUAUUUUUUUUACUUAUUUCAACAACUUUAGACUCUUGUGAUCUCAGGAGGAAGAGCCCAGCUUUGUACUGUGGUAUUUCAUUUAGCAAAAAAAAUAGACUUUUCAUGCUGCAAAUGUGCCUCUGUUGGGUGAGUUACAGACAAAGACUGUAUAUAAAAAGUGGUUAAAGCCUCUUGGUUUCCAAAGCGAAGCAAAUUCAGGAUGACCUCAAGCUGCAUUCUUUCUAAUGACCAGCAGGGGGCGUGAAAAGAAAGUCCUUUUGUAAUGAAACAGAUGACUAAGUAGAUUCAGAUUCUUUAUUGUCCCAGAAGAGGAAACUUGAUUUGCAGCCGGAGCACAACCAAGACAAAAAAACACAAGGACAACAUCACCGCUAAAUCUCAAUUACAACAAUCUGAAAACACAACAAAAUAUAAAAACAAUAUAAAAAAUCAAACUAAAAUCAGUCAAGAGCUCAGACCAAAAUGGGAAUUCCUACCAAGUUAGUAAAGUGCAAGUGUGCAUAAAGAACAACCAAAGGGCUAGUUGCUAUUUAAUAAAUCUAUUACAACAGGGACAGAUGAGACCUGGAGACUUUGAGUCCUCCUCACAGGAGCUCUAAAACGACGACCUGAGGGUAAAAGCUCCAACUCAAUGUGAACACGGCCUUAGCUCUCCUCAAGUCUUCUUCAGUACAGCAGGAUUAGAUUUUUAAAGUCUACAAAGGGAAUGCUCUGGGGCAGCAGCUGUUUUCCAAAGUGCCUACUACACACUACUAAGGAGUGCAGUAUGUUCUGUAUACUGCGCUUGUCUUGAGAUAACAUUUGUUAUGAAUUAGCGCUACACAAAUAAAAGAUUGAUGAUAUGUUCGACUGUAGUAUGACUGCCCGUCGGUGAUUGUUCGGCAGAAUGUCUUUAAAAGCUCUGACCCGGCGCUUUGAAUUGUGGGAAAUGGUAUGCGAGGUAGACUAGUCUUAUGCAUACUGAAUCGAUACAGAACGACAUCCUGGUACUUUUGGCGUUCUGCGGAUCUCGUAUUUGUUUGCAUACUGCAUUUUGGCCGGCACGUACUACGAGUAUAGUAGGCGGUUUUACAAAAAACAGCCAGUGAUUCCCAAAGUGGGGGCCGAGGUUAUGACUGGGGUUCAUUUCGAGAAGACUUCCAGGUUAAUGUAAGGCUGAGAGUAAAUCUUCACCAGACGUCACAACAACUUAAAAAAAAUAUA